AUGGCUACUGCCGAAGGAGUCCCAGAGAAGAAGGUGAAGUUGGAGCCCCAGAUCAAAUCUGUCGAUAUGAGCGAGGACAUGCAACAAGAGGCAAUUGAAGUUGCACAAGAGGCAAUGGAGAAAUUCAGCGUCGAGAAGGAUAUUGCCCAACACAUUAAGCGAGAGUUCGACUCAAAAAAGGGAGCCACAUGGCAUUGCAUAGUCGGCCGGAACUUCGGCAGUUUUGUCACCCACGGUAGGGAGAGCCUCACUUGCCAGGCCGAAUUGGGACUGACCGAGAGACUGGCAGAGACGAAGCAUUUCAUCUACUUCUACUUGGGACAUGUUGCCAUACUGCUGUUCAAGACGCAAUGA